AUGAUAACCAGUCAGGUUCUGCUCCUCCUGACGCUCUCUAUCCUGUGGCCCAGUACCGCCCUGCCUUUCACACCUGGGAAUAUUGGGAAUCUGUUUGGGAUGUCGGAGAGCGACGGGAGGAUUCUUCAACGGUCCAAACGUGGAUGGAUGUGGAAUCAAUUCUUUCUGCUGGAGGAAUACACAGGAAAUGACCAUCAAUAUGUCGGCAAGCUGCACUCCAACAUGGACAAAGGUGACGGCAACGUGAAGUACGUCUUGACAGGAGACGGGGCCGGCACCCUGUUUCUGAUUGAUGAGAAGUCUGGGGAUAUUCAUGCCACCAAGAGGCUGGACAGAGAAGAGAAAGCUAUGUACAUGCUCGUUGCCAAGGUUUUGGAUAGGAACACCAAUGCGGAACUGGAGCCCGACACAGAGUUUAAUAUAAAAAUACACGACAUCAACGACAAUGCGCCAAAAUUUGCAAAGGAAAUAUUCUUUGCAAGAGUCCCAGAAAUGUCUGAAGUUGGUACAUCUGUCGUCACUGUAACUGCCAGUGAUGCAGAUGAUCAAACGUAUGGGAACAGCGCCAAGCUUGUAUACAGCAUUCUGCAGGGACAACCCUAUUUCUCUGUGGAUUCUGAAAAUGGCACUAUCAAGACCGCUCUGCCGGGCAUGGAUAGAGAAGUCAAGGAAAACUACCAGGUUGUGAUCCAGGCUAAAGACAUGGCCGGACAGAUGGGUGGACUUUCAGGAACCACGACGGUCAGCAUCACCCUCUUGGAUGUGAACGACAGCCCGCCUCGCUUUGCUAACCAUUCCUUUCGUUUGACUGCUGUGGAGUCUACAGAAAUUGAAGGUGCUAUUGGACGGAUUAAAGCUGAUGAUCCAGAUGUUGGGCGUAACGCUGAGAUGGAGUAUAGUAUUGUUGGCGGUCAUGACAUAUUCAACAUUAUUACAGACCAGACCACACAAGAGGGAGUCAUUAUAGUAAAAAAGGCACUGGAUUAUGAAAGUAAGAAGGACUAUGAGUUCAGAGUGGAGGUGAAAAACACCUACUUAGAUGCAAGGUUCAUCCACGGUUUGCAAUUCAAAGACUUCGCCACGGUCAAGGUGACGGUAGAGGAUGUGGAUGAGCCUCCCGUUUUCACCAGGAACCCUUACAUCAUCGAGGUGCACGAGGACACGGCUGCUGGCAGCUUCGUCGGUGUGGUGUUGGCCAGGGACCCUGACGCUGACAACAAGCCAGUCAAAUACUCCAUUGAUCGGCAUACAGAUCUGGAGAGGCUGUUCAACAUUGAUUCUGUGAAUGGCACCAUUACAACACUGAAAGCACUGGACAGAGAAAUGUCCAAAUGGCACAACAUCUCUGUGGUGGCUACUGAAAUAAGUAAUUUCCAUGCUGACAUUAAUGGUUAUUCAUUUAUUUUAGAUAACCCACGGCAGACGACUCGGGUGCCUGUGUUCAUUAAAGUGUUGGAUGUCAAUGACAACGCCCCUGAGUUUGCAAUGUCCUACGAUACAUUUGUCUGUGAGAACGUCAGAGCAGGACAGUUAAUUCAGACUAUAAGUGCCGUUGAUACAGACGAGCCCCUCGUUGGACACAAGUUUGUCUUUAGUAUAAGUGCCACCAACCCAAACUUCACCAUUGUUGACAGGGAAGAUAACACUGCCAAUAUCCUGACACGGAGGGGAGGCUUCAGCCGGCGUGAGAUGAGCAUGUACUUCCUGCCUGUGGUGAUCUCAGACAAUGACUACCCCAUUCAGAGCAGCACGAGUACACUGAUUGUGCGCGUGUGUGCUUGUGACAGCCGUGGAAACAUGCAGACAUGUAACCCUGAGGUCCUGCCCUUCUCAGAUGGCCUCACAACUGGAGCUCUGGUGGCCAUCCUGCUCUGUGUGAUUAUUCUCCUCAUGAUCGUGGUGCUGUUUGCUGCCCUGAGGAGACAGAGGAAGAAGGAGCCUCUGAUCAUCUCCAAAGAGGAUGUCAGAGACAACGUUGUCAGCUACAACGAUGAAGGGGGUGGAGAGGAGGACACUCAGGCCUUUGAUAUUGGUACAUUGCGCAACCCAGAGGUGAUGGAUGCUAACAAGCUACGUAGGGACAUCAUACCCGAAAUGCUGUUUCCUUUUCGGAGGACAUCACCUAUAAAGGAUAACACAGAUGUCAGAGAUUUCAUUAAUGGGAGGCUUCAAGAGAAUGAUUCAGACCCCACAGCGCCCCCCUAUGACUCCCUGGCCACAUAUGCUUAUGAGGGCAGUGGGUCACUAGCAGAGUCCCUCAGUUCACUGGAGUCAGGCGCCACUGAGGGGGACCAGGAUUACGAUUACCUCAGCAACUGGGGACCCCAAUUCAAGAAAUUGGCAGAGAUGUACAUAGGGAAGAGUCCUGAUAGAGAGACCUAA